AUGAGAUCCACUCUCGCCUUGUCAUCACUAGCGUUCGUGGGUAGUGCGUACGCGCACACGAUCUUCCAGGAACUCUGGGUAAACGGAGUCGCACAAGGCCACAACGUCGGCAUCCGAGUUCCAACUUACAACGGACCCAUCACAGAUGUUACCUCCAACGAUGUCAUUUGUAACGGCGGAAUUAACCCAUUCUUGCAACCCAUGUCUCAGGCCAUCAUCAACGUCCCUGCUGGUGCGAGCGUUACCGCUGAAUGGCACCAUGGUGGCUCGGGACCUGACCCGAACGAUGCAUCCGACCCCAUUGACCCCUCCCACAAGGGACCUAUAAUUGCCUAUCUUGCGAAAGUUCCAUCUGCCCUGCAAACCGACGUGACUGGCCUUGAUUGGUUCAAGAUCUACGAAGACGGCUACGGACCGGGUACGGAGUGGGCUGUAGACAGACUCAUCGCCAACAAUGGUCUCGUCACCUUCAAAAUUCCUCAGUGUAUCCCAAAUGGAGAAUAUCUUCUCCGCGUUGAACUAAUUGCCCUCCACGGAGCGGGCUCUUACCCAGGCACCGACCCUGGCAUCCUCAUCGGCAUCUACUAUCCUCCAGUCACGAACUACACUAUUCCAGGACCUGCUGUUUUCUCCUGCUGA